GGAAAUCCUUCUCACCCAGUAGGAUGUACACUAAAUGUUAACUAUCAGGUGAGUGUGUGUUCUCUGUGUGACUUUGCUUUGCUGCAUGUAGCGGCCGUGUAGCGGCGCGAGGCAGGUGUGUGACUUUUCCACGGCAUGCGCUCGAGUGUGGACGGCGUGAGCAGGUGCCUGCGCGUCGUACAUGUGUGAUUUAGUGGCAGCCCGAGGCUCCGUGUGGUUGCGCGCCUGAGGAUGGAAACAGUGGCACACUUACUCUGGAGAUGAUGUCAGGUUGGAGUUUAUCAGACAAACGAGAUGAAAGAGAAGAACCCCUGGCACACGCCUGUGACCAUCAUCAUCACUGUGAUUGGUGUCAUAGCGAUUGUUGCCUUGGUGACGGUAGCGGUUUUGCAGAACAGGCCCGUCCCCCAAAAGUACAAGUAUGGGAUCGUGCUGGACGCCGGCUCAUCCCACACAGCUCUUUAUAUCUAUCAGUGGCGUGCAGAGAAGGAUAACAACACUGGCCGAGUGGAACAGACGCAUUCCUGCAAAGUCAAAGGUAAAGGCAUCUCCAGCUAUGCGUCCGAGCCGUGGAGGGCCGGGGAGUCUCUGACGCUGUGCAUGCAGGAGGCCGAGAAGCGGGUCCCCCACAAGCGCCACCAUGAAACGCCCCUCUAUCUGGGAGCCACUGCAGGGAUGAGGCUGCUCAAUAUGGAGAACAGCUCGGCGUCUGACAGGGUGUUUCAGGCGGUGGAGAGAGCCCUGCAGAAGUUCCCCUUCUCCUAUCAGGGAGCGAGAAUCCUCAGCGGGCAGGAGGAGGGCGCCUUCGGCUGGGUCACAGUCAACUACUUGGAUGAUCGCCUCACACAGGGCUUAGAAACCACAGGAGCUCUUGACCUUGGCGGGGCCUCCACUCAAAUUAGCUUUGUGUCUGAUAAUUAUGACGGAUCGGAGUCACCCAGCAACUCUGUAACUUUCCGACUCUACGGAAAUGAUUACAACCUGUACACUCACAGUUUCCUGUGCUACGGGAAAGACCAAGUCCUGCGAAUGGCGCUGGCACAGCAGACGCAGUCAGGUCCAGGAGCAAUAUUAGAUCCCUGUUUCCACCCGGGCUACAUGGAGACCAAGAACUACUCCGUCCUCUAUGACAGCCCCUGUGUGUCAGACAGGAAACCCCAGGGAGCUCCCUCGAUCUUCAAUCACACGGGGAACGGAAACUUCAGACAAUGCCAGGAAGUUGUCAAAAGAGUCUUCAAUUUUAGUUCCUGCAAAUACAGCCGAUGCUCUUUCAACGGAGUCUUCCAGCCACUGCUGCAGGGGCCAUUUGGGGCUUUCUCUGCUUACUACUUUGUGAUGAACUUCCUAAAUCUGACUGAUACGUCCAUCCCUCUGGAGAGUGUGAUGGAAAAGCUAACACGCUACUGCGCUACGCCUUGGGAAAAGAUAAAGCUGCAGCAUCCGAAUGUAAAAUUAAACUAUCUGGCGGAGUACUGCUUCUCUGGCACGUACAUCCUCACCCUGCUGACUGAAGGAUACAACUUCACCUCGGAGAGCUACUCGAGCAUAAAAUUCAUCAAGAAGAUAAACGGCAGCGACGCCGGCUGGACGCUGGGCUACAUGCUGAACCUGACCAACAUGAUCCCGGCCGAGGCCCCCGACUCGCCUCCCCUGCCCCACGCCGGCUACGUCUCCAUAGUGACCAUCAUCGCCUUCCUGCUCUUCGUCCUGGUCAUCCUCAGCCUGCGCCCUCUCUGGCCUCGCUGCUCCAAACAGCCGCACAUCAUAUAAACACACACACACACAGACAUACUGUAUGUAUGUAUGAGUGAGGGAGGAAGGGAACAUCUGUGGAGGUUUGGAGGCUGUUUUACCGAUUUGUGGGAAGGUCGAGGGUCAGCGCAUGCCGCACAGCACAGUCCUGCGGAUCGCACGGAUUCAAGGACUUUUCAGAAGGACGAAGGCUUUCUCCCAAAGGAGAGCGCAUCUCUGGUUGAAGGACAUUUUCAGAGUGUGUGUGAUUGAGUGUGUGUGUGAGUGUGAACGUGUGAAUAUGAACGCAUGCCUGAAUGAGCGCGCACAUCAGUCUGCAUGUAUGUGUCUUGAAUUACGAUGUGAAUAUAUUACUGUAUAAAUAAAAUAACCCAAGUUUAUAUAAAA